CCAUGCCUGCUAUGAAAAUCGCGUGUUUUUACGGACCUGGCAACCCCCGUACCGGUCAAACUACACGACGCAGACUCAAACCCAAUGGCGGACGAAGUUGAGCAGCAACCGAGUACCAACACGGUUGAGGAGCCACUCGAUCUGAUCAGACUCAGUCUAGAUGAGAGGAUCUACGUCAAGAUGAGGAACGACCGGGAGCUCCGUGGCCGACUCCACGCCUACGAUCAGCACCUGAACAUGAUCCUGGGUGACGUGGAGGAGACGGUGACGACAGUGGAGAUUGAUGAGGAGACUUAUGAAGAACUGUACAAGUCAACCAAGAGGAACAUCCCCAUGCUGUUUGUCCGAGGAGAUGGGGUUGUCCUCGUAGCUCCGCCCCUCAGGGUGGGCUAACCCAGACCACUUCCUGGUGCCGAGGAGUUUGCCGUUUGUAACAGCUUGGACUUCCUUUUGUUGGGCUGCAAGGAUAUAAACCAUGUUUUGACUCGAGGCAAAAAAAAGGACUGUUUUGGACGAAGAGGGCCUAUUUUUUUUUUUAAGUUUUCAUUUAGGCAAAUUAUCAUUAACUAGAUUUUGCCAUUAUGAGUGAUUUCAGGCCACCUGGAUAUUUAAUUUGAUUUCCAUCAGUAAAGCAAUUAUACAUCCCUGCGGGUUUAGUUGUAAACCAGAAAAAUGUAAUAUUAGUUUUAAUUACUCUUAUUCCCAGUCUACACGAGUACCAGAGCCAGCUUCAAAUGUCUCAUCAUGGUUUUAAGAAGCUGAACCGCUUCAGAUGUGUACGUCAACUUGUUGUGGCCUGAUUGAACAGACUGAGCAGAGGGCUUUUAUGUGAUUUUUUAUUUUUAUUUUUUUUUUAUUUUAAAAUUUCACAAGUGAAAUUUAUGUUGGUUCUAAGCAAAGGUCUUACAGUUACUCCAAACCCAUGAUCUGUGAAUAUUUGGGAAGUUUGAGUUUCUUUGGGAGGGUUUUAGUUCAAGUUUUUUCUAUACAUAUUAUUUUUGUAGUGUUUGUGGGACUUGGGAGUACAUCAUGCUCAGAUGUGUAAAGAUUUGGUUUCGGUAACUUAAAUAAAAAAGGUAAUUCUUGGAUGUU